AUGUUUCGGAGUAUGCUGCCGCGGACGACACCGCGGGCUACCCUCCGCACUGCCGGUCCUCAGUCUGUUCCUUCGGCCUUCGUUGCUGCUCCCUCUCUGUCUCUGUACGGACGUCUGAGACGUGGAUACGCUUCUGAAUCUGGAGAACACGAUGUCGUUAUCAUUGGUGGUGGUGUCGCUGGUUACGUCGCUGCUAUCAAGGCUGGCCAGGAGGGUCUGAAGACCGCGUGUAUCGAGAAGCGUGGACGUCUGGGUGGUACUUGCCUGAACGUUGGCUGUAUCCCCUCGAAAUCAUUGCUCAACAACUCCCAUCUGUACCACCAGGUCCUCCAUGACACAAAAAAGCGCGGUAUCGAGGUCGGUGAUGUCAAGUUGAACCUCGAGCAGAUGAUGAAGGCCAAGGACACCUCCGUUGAGGGUCUCACAAAAGGAAUCGAGUUCCUGUUCAAGAAGAACAAUGUCGACUACAUCAAGGGUACCGGCUCGUUCGUUGACCCCAACACUGUCAAGGUGAACCUGCUCGAUGGUGGUGAGCAGACUCUGCGCGGAAAGAACAUCAUCAUUGCCACCGGCAGUGAGGCUACUCCCUUCCCCGGCCUGACCAUCGAUGAGAAGAGAAUCAUCACCAGCACUGGCGCUCUCUCCCUGAAGGAGGUUCCUAAGAAGAUGGUCGUCAUCGGUGGUGGUAUCAUUGGUCUGGAAAUGGCUUCCGUCUGGUCUCGCCUCGGCGCCGAGGUUACCGUCGUCGAAUUCCUGGGCCAGAUCGGUGGACCCGGCAUGGACACCGACAUCGCUAAGCAGGCCCAGAAGAUUCUGCAGAAGCAGGGUAUCAAGUUCAAGACCGGCACCAAGGUCACCAAGGGCGAUGACAGCGGAGAGACCGUCAAGCUGAGCGUUGAGGCCGCCAAGGGUGGAAAGGAGGAGACCCUGGAUGCCGAUGUUGUCCUUGUUGCCAUCGGCCGCAGACCUUACACUGAGGGACUUGGCCUGGAGAACGUUGGUGUUGAGAAGGACGAGAGAGGUCGCCUGGUGAUCGACCAGGAGUACCGCACCAAGCUCCCUCACAUCCGGGUCAUCGGUGACUGCACUUUCGGCCCCAUGCUUGCCCACAAGGCCGAGGAGGAGGCCGUUGCCGCCAUCGAGUACAUCAAGAAGGGCUACGGCCACGUCAACUACGCCGCCAUCCCCAGCGUCAUGUACACGCAUCCCGAAGUCGCCUGGGUUGGCCAGAGCGAGGCUGAGAUCAAGGCCGCCGGCAUCAAGUACCGUGUCGGUACCUUCCCCUUCAGCGCCAACUCUCGCGCCAAGACCAACCUCGAUACCGAGGGCCAGGUCAAGUUCAUUGCUGACGCUGAGACCGACCGCAUUCUCGGGGUGCACAUCAUCGGCCCCAACGCCGGCGAGAUGAUCGCUGAGGCUACGCUGGCUGUCGAGUACGGUGCCUCCUCUGAGGACAUUGCCCGGACGUGCCACGCCCACCCUACCCUGGCCGAAGCCUUCAAGGAGGCGGCCAUGGCCACCUACUCCAAGGCCAUCCACUUCUAA